AUGUAUCCUUAUAUUUUAGGUAAAGUGCCAUAAUAUUUAGAAAUUCUAAAACAUUGGUGUUUCCCAGAUGGAGUUACAAUAUAUAAUGAAAACUUUUAAAAAAUAAAUGUACUUCUUCAAGCUAUCCUUCUUGAAAAAUAAAUAAUUAUUGUUUCUUCAAAUCCUAAUGAAAUUAUUAACAUUUGUGAAGCUAUUUUUACACUUAUUUAUCCUUUAAAAUGGGUUUGUAUUUAUAUUCCUUCGCUUCCUCUUUAAUGUACAGAAACUCUAUCUGCAACGACUCCAUUUAUUAUUGGGAUUUCUAAAAUAUUGGAUUUCCAGAGAAUUUAAAUUAAUUUUUAAUUAUGA